AUGAAUCUUCCAGACCUAAAGGAGCUCCGGAUCUUCGGGGUCUCAAAUUGUAACUCAAGCAUCUUAACAAGCAAGCAGUUUCCUUUGUAUCUGGACCUAGGAUACCACAUGGGAUUGAUGACCGGGGCCCAAAGGGAAUACAUCGACACUCUCUGCGACCACGCUUCUGUGCAGCGUAAAAAGGUGAGAGAUCUCCAGUGCACUCUGCGAAAAAAAUGUGAGGGUGCCGCAAACAUAUCACACUCGUAUACCUUGGAAAAGUGUUCGUCACUACGACUCAGCAAUCUGCAAAACACACAACCUAAUGUCCAAUCAACUCCUGUCAAGCCAUAUCUUUCUUUUAAGUAUAAUAAGAAUACAGAACUCCCCGUAAUAAUAGACUGUUUUGCUGACUCUGAUGAAGAUUUUUCAAGCCUUUUAGGAAAGAUAGCAGAAAGAAGGUCUCUCAGUCCGUCAGCCAUCAGAGAAGAAUGGUUCUUCAAACGAUCUGUCUCUCCAGAGCGGCAGGAUAAGCUCCCGAAACUCGGCUACACGAAGCUUCGAGAAAAGCUCUCUCCCCCCAAGUGCCAUAGCACAUCCAUACCAUCUUUACCUCCCCUAGAAUAG